GGGGCGUGGCUGACGAGUAAGUUCCGCUUGCUGGCGAUAGCGAAGUUUCUAGGCAUAUUUAAAGCAGGGAAAUAACUUAUUGAAUAACCGAUUUAUAUAUAUUUUAUAUAUAAUAUAAUAUAAUAAUAUAUAUAUAUAUUAUAUAUAUAUAUAUAUAUAUCAGCGUGAUCGUUCUUACCGCAGUGAAUUUGAAACCUCAAAACAAAAAUGUUACAGCUAGCUUGCUAGCAAGGUUUUAAAAGAUGUCGUCCUGGGAUAUCAGAAAGGUCUACUUGUACAAGUUGCCACCAGUUGUGCUGUGCGACUUCUCCCUUGUUAUGGACAGUAUCUCCGAUGUGGACUGGGACAGAUUCGCGUCUCAAGUGUUGACUGACCAGACUGACAGGCGUCUGGCCGAGAGGAGAGAGAGACGGACAGACUGGGUGAUGAAUCACUGGGCUCAAAGGAAUGGAACAGUAGGAGAACUACUGAACAUACUGGACAAGCUGCAGCUGUUAAGAGCUAGAGAUAUCAUCUUGAACUGGAAGCCCAGUGUACUACGGCCCUCUUCCACUCCACUUGCUGCUCCGUCGCAGGUUAAACUGGAGCCUCUUGUUCCUCCAUCUCAUCUCUUCAACCCACCUCCUAAAGUCCAUCCUACCAACACUCUGACCACUAAGGCUUACUCUCCACCUGAACUGAGGUCUCUGCCCAAACCUGGCCCUCCACCCUCAGGGCUGAAAUCACAGGACCACAGAGGGGCGUUUGUAGACCAACAGUGGUCCAUCUCCAGAGGUCCCCUGCUGUCCAGUGCCAUGUGUUGGCCGUUUGAGGAAGUCCAGAGAGGAACAGAGGACUUCUCCCAUGCCAAGCAGAUAGGAGAGGGGGGGUUUGGACAUGUAUACCGGGCUACCAUGAGGAGCACCGACUUCGCUGUCAAGAAACUGAAGGAGAACUCUCCACUAGACUGGAGUGUAGUGAAGGAGAGCUUCAAGACCGAGGUGGAAAAGCUCUCACAAUACAGACAUCCCAAUAUUGUAGACUUUGUGGGCUACUGUGUUGGACAAGGAACCUACUGUCUGCUCUAUGUCUUCAUGCCCAACGGUUCUCUGGAAGACCAGCUGCACAACCAGGCCAGUGCUGCCCUCUUCUGGCCACAGCGUGUCAGUGUGUUGCUGGGCACAGCCAGAGCCAUUCAGUUCCUCCACUCCUCCUCUCCGCAGCUCAUACAUGGAGACAUCAAGAGCUCUAACAUCCUACUAGACGAGCACAUGGAGCCUAAGCUGGGGGACUUUGGCCUGGCCCGGUUCUGCUGUAGCCCCAGCAGUAGGUCCGCUGGUAGAACCACCACGGUAGCCUAUACCAAGACAGUGAGGGGAACACAGGCGUACUUACCCGACGAAUACCUCAAAACAGGCGCGUUGGGAGUAGCCAUUGACAUCUUCAGCUUUGGAGUGGUGCUGCUGGAGGCUCUGACUGGUCGUAGAGCUUUAGAUGUGGACCACAGCCAAUCCAAAGCUGUCUACCUGAAAGACCUGGUGAAGGAGGCUGAAGACGACGGAGGUCAUCAGGUCAGAGGGAGGUCAAAGAGGACUUCAGAAAAAGUGACCCAGGAACAGUCUAGUAUUCCUCCAGCCGCUACACAUAUCUGGCAGAAGCACCUGGACCCCAGACUGAUGGUGACAGCUCUUUCUAGCUCAUCCAGGGUUUGUAUGGCAGGUCCGGGCUCCUCUUCUCCAGCCCCACACGGCUCCCUGGAUCUGACGACUCUGGCCUGUCGCUGUCUGGAGGCCCGUGGGAAGAAAAGGCCCCCCAUGACCGAGGUGUUCCAGGCGCUUCAAGACAUCCAUACCAGUUUGAAGGCCUCAGACAAAGCCGUAUCCUCCUCUUCUUCUGCUUCUCAACAGUCCUUCCCCAAACCUCCUCAAUCAUCCAUAGACUCAUGCAUAGACUGCCUAACAGACGUUCUGUCAAAAGUGGGUCCACUGGAAGACACGUACCACUGCCCUCCACACCCCUACUCAAUCUCGCCUCACCCGUCCUCGGUCCUCCCUCCUUCCUCCUCCUCCUCGUCCUCCUCCUUCCUUGGUCCAUGUGAAUCAGAUGAGAGCCAAGGUUAUUCCCAGUACUGUGCUCCUCCUUCUCAGCUCCCCCAUAGUGACACCCGAUCAGACCCCCAGACCUCCAUGCCGUGUGGUUGGUCUUCACCAGCCAGACAGUUACGCUCCAGGUCCCCGUGCUCAGCGUCAGGCUUGCCCUGCCAUGGACUAGUUGUAAAUACGUGCAAAGAGCGUUUCCUUCACAAGAUGGCGCUCUAUGACGAAGGCAGAAUACAGACCGGCGAGCUUUUUUCCUCAGAUAUUUAUGCUGAGAUGAACCCACAAUGCCGAGGACCAGAAGAGAGUGAUGAGCUUGAUUAUCUUUCCAGUGAGGCCAGUGAGAGUCAAGCCAACACGCCCAGACAGACCAACGCUCACAACUAACAACCCAGCCUACCAUUACACACUGCAGUACCUAAACAAACGAAGCCAUGUGGGUGCGAUCUGCGUCUCAUACAUUGGCCAACAGUCAAUAUUGGCUGUUAUGCAAGUUCAGUUUGGGAAGAGCAAAGCAAAUGUUGACUUAUAAAAAAAAAAAGCAGGAUUGGAGUAUGUUCCAUUUUUAUUUUAAAAAACUGAAGCAUUUUGAUAUCGUGAAAUGUAAUCAAAUCCAACAAUUUCUUUCACACAUCACUAGUUAUGGUUACAAUUUGUACAAUGUAUCUUUUAGAUAAUUCAGACAACUGUAUGAUUUGUAUUUGUACAAUAUGAAUGUCAACGUUUUCAUUAAAUAAACUUGAACUGGACUGAC